UAUAAUAAUAAUAUUAUUUUUCGUGUGGUCAGUUUCCCAAACGUCGUUGUGCGUGUACGCAACUGCGUGCGUACGUACUUGUACUGCCGUCUACCACGUAGUUCUGUCCGCCGUCGUCUUCGAAAGUUCCUCCGCUGUGCCAACCCUCCACGGCGACUACCCUUCAAACAGUAACAGUAAUAAAAUACCUAAUUUUAACAAUAUUGUUAUUGUAUCGCGGACAGUGCGUGUGUGCGCGUAUAUGUGUUGGUUCUGUAGUGGUGCGCGCUAAGUAUUUUGUUUUGCACUAUUUUUGUAUUUUUUUUUGUGUUCGGAGGACGAUUUCACUUGUGAAACAAUCAGUUGCUGCAGUCCAGCAUUUCGUCGCCCUUAAUUGCAAUAUUACAGAUAAUGAAUUGGAUGUGGUGAACUGAUUUGAGGGACAUUUGAUGACGACAGUUGAGGACUGUUAGUGUGUACGCGUGCACGUGUACACGUGUGUGUGUCGUCUGUUUGUGUCACCCGUGCGGAAUCAGUUUUGACGUGAUCCCUUCACUUGGAAACAAUAAACCACCGCUUCAACCGCCGUCGCCGCCACCGCGCUCAAAUCACUGUCAACACUGUCGCCACAGUUACUACAGACGUUGUCAUGGAAGUGAUGGAUUCUGACGCCAACACCGUGUUGCACUCGGUCGUCAAAGGCGUGCACGUCGGACCGCCACCUGUGGUCACCUGGCCUGGCAUGGACAACGUGACGAACGCGUCAAUGUUUGACGAGUCAAAUCUGCCGUAUGACAUGAAAUUCAACGAGGGCCACGUGGUCGCCAUAGUCACUUACAGCAUACUCAUGGUAGUCUCGGCCAUAGGCAACAUCACGGUGCUGACGAUCAUCUUGAAACGCAGGCGCAAGGCGGGCACAAGGAUACACGCGAUGCUCAUGCACCUGGCCAUUGCUGAUCUGUUGGUAACGUUUUUGAUGAUGCCGUUGGAGAUAACUUGGGCAUGGACUGUACAAUGGGUGCUCGGUGAUCCACUAUGCCGUAUCAUGUCAUUUUUCCGAAUAUUUGGAUUGUAUCUUUCCAGUUUCAUAUUGAUUUGUAUCAGCGUUGAUAGAUACUUGGCUGUCUUGCAGCCAAUGCGUUUAUAUCAGAUGGAUCGCAGGGGAAAGUUAAUGAUUGCAGUAGCUUGGAUUGCAUCAGUUGUUUGUAGCUUACCACAGACUUACAUAUUUCACGUGGAACGACACCCUAAUGCCACAUGGUACGAACAGUGCGUCACUUAUAACGCUUUUUCGUCCAAAUUGCACGAGCUGGCUUACUUAUACUUCGGCAUGUUCAUGAUGUACUGGUUGCCUCUAAUCGUUAUACUAUUCUGCUACGCUUCCAUCAUCAUUGAAAUAUAUAGAAGGUCCAGGGAAUCAAUUUGCGGUCAAGGUACAGAUAAUGUGCGUCGCCUGGGAUUUUUAGGGCGUGCCAAAAGUAGAACAUUAAAGAUGACAAUUAUUAUUGUCAUUGUGUUCGUUGUGUGUUGGACUCCAUACUACAUCAUGGCUAUUUGGUACUGGACGGACCACAAGUCGGCGCAGAUGGUCGAUCAGAAGGUACAGCACGCGCUCUUCAUGUUCGCUUGCACCAAUUCGUGUAUGAACCCGAUCGUAUACGGAGCGUUCAAUAUACGUACCAGGAGGACGCUGGUGACCCAGGCCACGAUUUCUAAAACUUCUACUGAAACCAGAUUGUUGGACUUUUGAAGCCCGCCAGAUGGACGGUGAUGAUAUAUAUAUAUAUAUAUAUAUAUAUAUAUAUAUACAUAUAUAUUAUACAUACAUUUAAACGUUACAUUUUAAUUUUAACGAUAUUUUAAUAAAAUAUCUAGUUGUAAAACUAUUUCGAUCAUAAUUAUAAUUAAUAUUAACUAAUUUAAACGGAACACAUGUAAUACCAACAACAUGCGCUAAAAUUGAUGAUAUUAAUUUUGUUAUACUUAUGCCAGUAGUGCAGUAGGUACCUACAUAAUAUUAUGUACUAGUAAGUGAACUAUUCACAUGUACAACCUUAUAAUAUAUAAUAUCAAACUCAAUAUUUGUGAACUUUUUCAAUAGUAGUUACCUACACACAUAUCAAAUAUAAUAAUAACAUAAUAUAUAGUUAUAAUAUGUACAGUUAUUUAUAUUUUAAACCGAUACUAGUCAUAUAGGUAAAUGAUAAAUGUGUAUAAUGUGUUUGAUAUAUUCUACACAUAUAAAAUUUAUCAACCGCAGUUGAAAAUAUAUUUAAAAAAAAAAAAAUAAAUAGUUUUUCUAUAUUUUUAUUUUGUACAAUUACACUAAUAUAAUAUGCAAAGUUAGGAUGGUUUAACUGUUGUAACCACUUUUUAAUACCUACCACUCUCAAUAUUUAUGAUUUAUUAUUGAAUUCAUUAAAUUAUUAUCAGGAAUAAUGGCCGAACGCCUAAGGGCAUAUUGAAAUUUAGCGGUCAUGCUUCAAGCAAUGGCUUUAGAGUAAAGAUAGCGAUAAAAUGAAAUUUCGAUGUUCAGAACACGCAGGUGGAAUUGCUUUAGAGAUAAUCGGACAACUAGAAAAUACAAUAACACACUUUUUUAUUGAUAGCACAUUAUAUAGAUUUGUUUCAUACCUUCUUUUUGAGCUUAUUUUAAAGUACAUGAUAGAUAAUAUAACAGUCUCAUACCAAACCGUUACGUUUUUAGUUGUAGUACCUAGUCUUGUUUUAAAUGUGUGAUAAUAAUGUUUUUUUUUUUUAAAUCUGUCAGCACAAUGGUGUUUGGCGAUAUCCUAACGAUUCAUUCUUUCUAUAUUUAGGAGAUAGCAUAUUUUAUCCCAACUUUUUUCAUCUCGUUUCCCAUUAUCACCGUCAAGUUCCGUGGGCAGUCGUCCCAAUAACAUGUGAAUAAUUCUUAUUAGAGUAUUUUUAUUGCUAUAUUGACCAGAUGACAAGUAGUUCAGAAAUAAAUACUGUUGUAGCUUAGUGCUUGCUUCUAAAAUCAAAUUGAAUUUAUUUAAUUUGAUUGCAUUGGCUUGAUAGAUUAAUGCAG